CAAUAAUGGGUGUAAACUUUAACAGAGUAGAGGACAUAGCAUGCAACAAUGGCUGCAGCAUGAAGAUCCAAAGUGAUACAGAAAUGGCAAUGCCAGUGCCAGCCAUGGAAAUCCACAAGGUUCAGCUGCCACCAGAACGAACCACCUUGCAGAAACUGAGACACAGACUCUCUGAGAUCUUCUUCCCAGAUGACCCUCUUCACAGGUUCAAGAACCAAACUUGCUUCAUGAAACUUCUCCUUGCUCUCCAAUACCUCUUCCCCAUUUUCCAAUGGGCCCCUCUCUACAACCUUUCUCUUCUCCGCUCUGACAUGAUCUCAGGUCUCACCAUUGCAAGCCUCGCCAUUCCUCAGGGUAUCAGCUAUGCUAAGCUAGCAAACUUGCCACCCAUUCUUGGAUUAUAUUCUAGUUUUGUGCCUCCGUUGAUAUAUUCCUUGCUUGGGAGUUCUAGACAUCUGGGUGUUGGUCCAGUUUCAAUUGCAUCUUUAGUCAUGGGAUCAAUGUUAACAGAGACAAUAUCUUAUACUCAAGAUCCUAUUCUCUAUCUCAAAAUGGCUUUCACUGCCACUUUUUUUGCUGGUUUGUUCCAAUCUUCUCUGGGUAUAUUAAGGUUAGGCUUUGUGAUUGAUUUUCUCUCAAAGGCAACUCUGGUAGGUUUCAUGGCUGGUGCAGCGAUUAUUGUGUCACUGCAGCAGCUGAAAGGGUUGCUUGGAAUAGUUCAUUUCACCAACAAGAUGCAAAUAACGCCUGUGCUUAUCUCUGUUUUCAAGCAAAGAGAAGAGUGGUCAUGGCAAAACCUUCUGCUGGGAUUCAGUUUCCUGCUAUUCCUGUUGACAACAAGGCACAUUAGCUUGAGGAAGCCAAAAUUAUUCUGGGUUUCAGCAGCUGCCCCGUUGAUAUCAGUCAUUCUGUCAACCAUUUUAGUAUUUCUUCUGAGAAAUAAGGCCCAUAAAAUUGCCAUUAUCGGUGAAUUGCCAAAAGGACUGAAUCCACCAUCAUCAAACAUGUUAUACUUCAAUGGUCCUUAUUUGGCUCUUGCUCUCAAAACAGGACUUGUCACUGGGAUUUUGUCUCUCACUGAAGGAAUUGCAGUGGGAAGAACAUUUGCUGCACUGAAGAACUACCAGGUGGAUGGAAACAAAGAAAUGAUGGCCAUUGGUCUUAUGAACAUAGCUGGUUCUUGUUCUUCAUGCUAUGUCACAACAGGGUCAUUUUCUCGAUCAGCUGUUAACUUCAAUGCUGGGGCAGAGACAGCAGUAUCAAAUAUAAUCAUGGCAUCGGCUGUUCUUGUGACCCUUUUGUUUCUGAUGCCGCUGUUCUAUUACACACCGAAUGUAGUCUUAGGAGCCAUUAUAAUCACUGCUGUUGUAGGGCUAAUAGAUUAUCAAGCUGCAUAUAAAUUGUGGAAGGUUGACAAGCUUGACUUCUUGGCCUGCUUGUGCUCCUUUUUCGGUGUUCUGUUCAUUUCAGUGCCUCUUGGCCUUGGAAUAGCGGUGGGAAUAUCAGUCUUCAAGAUCUUGCUUCAUGUCUCUAGGCCAAACACACUGGUUUUGGGGAAUAUACCGGGGACGCCAAUAUUCCACAACCUAAACCAAUAUAGAGAAGCUUUGAGGAUUCCUUCGUUUAUCAUUUUGGCUGUUGAGUCUCCCAUCUACUUUGCUAAUUCAACGUACCUGCAAGAAAGGAUACUGAGAUGGGUUCGAGAAGAGGAAGAACGAGUAAAAGCAAACAAUGAAAGUACAUUGAAGUGUAUAAUUUUGGACAUGACGGCUGUUACAGCCAUAGACACAAGUGGAAUCGAUACUCUAUGUGAACUUAGGAAGGUGCUGGACAAAAGAUCACUUCAGCUUGUGUUGGCAAAUCCUGUUGGGAAUGUGAUGGAAAAGUUGCAUCAGUCAAAUAUUUUGGAUUCCUUUGGGUUGAAAGGUGUCUAUCUCACUGUUGGAGAAGCUGUGGCUGACAUUUCAUCUUCAUGGAAAGCUCAGCCUUGAAUUCCAUAGAUGAAUUUCAGUCACAAAAGGA